AGGCAAGUCACUGCACGAACAAGAAUUAUAAUCAGUGUAGCAAACUUCUGUUGCCAUUGACCUACGAUUAACGCAAUACCAUUACCCAAUUCAAAACAUGGGUUACAAGACCACUGUUGUCCUAGGAUUGGUCCUACAGCUGCUGUCUGCCAGCGCUGCCACGACCCUCGCCACGACUACCACGUCCUCAAAAAAAUACGAACCUACCCAGCCGGGUGUGCCACCUAACUGUGACAAGUUCCAUCUCGUCGCGGCUGGCGAUCAGUGCGAUACUAUCGAAGCCAAGUACGGCAUAACGGACGCCCAAUUCAAAGCCUGGAAUCCUAGUAUCAACUCCGCAUGCUCCAAUCUCUGGCUAGACUACUACGUUUGCGUCCACGUCCCGGAUGAAACAACCACAACGACAACGACGAGUAAACCACCAGGGCCCACGGACACCCCUCCCGAGCCGCGAAUGCCCGGCAUUGUGAGCAACUGUAAGAAGUAUUACCUAGUGAAGAAGGGUGACGACUGUUACUCGAUCGACACUGCUGCAGGCAUUACACUUGCUCAGUUCCGCUCGUGGAAUACGAUGGUUGAUGCGGCUUGUAGCAACUUGUGGGUGGACUACUACGUCUGUAUAGGUGUCUAGACUUAGUUGUUUCUUUCCUUUGAUCGAGAUAUGACAUAUUAUCUUGUCAAUUGGAGGAAAGGAAUGCAACAGCCAAAUAUAUGACUGAACCUGACAGAUUGGCAGGCAAAACCUA